AUGAACGGAAAUCACUCGAAUAGGAACCGCUCGACCGGGAACCUCUCGAAUGGGAAGUCAUCGAAUGGCAAUCGAUCAAACGGUAACCGCUCCAACAAGAACAGCUCAAACGGGAACUCUUCGAAUGUGAACCGCUCAAAGGGGAACCUCUCGAAUGAGAACAUCUCGAAUGGGUCGUCGCAUAGCUCAGCACCCCAAACUGAUUGGAAGAAUUUAUUCCAGAUCAAGAAAAGUUGGCUCGAGAAAUGUCAAGCCGAAUUGCAAGAUUCACAGUUAAAAUGCUUGCAAGCCCAAGAGCAACGUCAAGAGCAACGUCAAGAAUUGCAGGAAAGCUACAAGGAACUCCACAUGGCAUGGCAAAAUCUGUGGACAGUGCAAGAAAGAGAUUGGCAACUCCGGGCGGAAUCCGCCAGAGCUUAUCAUGAAUUUCAAACGGCAUACGAAGAAGAAAGAAAACAUCGACCCCAAACUGAACAAGCACGAAAAAUAUUUCACAACAUGUUACAGAGAGUUUUGCAGUUAGGGAAUGGAACGGCACAAAAUGCAGCGGGAGAUUCGAACCCUUUCAAUACCCAUAUCGGUCGCAACCACUUCGAAACUUUAGUGCAGCUCACGGUGCCAAACCAAUCUCCGCCUUCACGGCCUACACUCAACCCAGCAGCACCUGUGUUUUCGAAGCCUCGUGAUGAUACUCGUGCUCACUCUGCUGACUCGGCGUAUCAAUCUUCUUCAUCACAGGAGGGGGGAAGUGGAGAUGAACCUGAGACGUCCAAUGAUUUAGGUACCGUGAACAGCAGCGAUAUCACAUCACCACCCACACCGCCCACACCACUGACUCCAACUCAAACACUAUUCAGAAUUCCACUGAUGCUACCCAAAUUUCCUCGCCGCCAUAAUUCAGACUCUUACCUGACUGAGAUGCGAGCGGGCAGAGCUUCUACUCCAGAAUAA